AAAGAGCGCCCUCUGGUGUUCAGUGCCCAACAUUAGCACAAACCGGAGUGACGUGAAUUUGUAGUCGCAUAACACAGCUGGUCGGGACAGGAGACGGACACCUCUUCGCGGUCUAUAAUUAGGUGCCUGACCCGUACAAACAGAUCCUUUACUGACUCUCGAAGAAAACCAACAUCCACACAGAGGAACAGGCCAAAAGGCUCGGGACGAAAGGCUAUGGCCUCUGUGAGGAAAGACGACAGACUGACGAGUUCCCAAAGCCUCGGUUGUGUCGGUUUCGCUGGCUUUUUCAGCAAAACUGUCACGUCCCCUUUGGAAGUGGUGAAGAUUAAAAACCAAGUGGGGACAUUUCAUUGCAAGAGCGGUUUCUGUCAAAGUUUUCUGGUAAUCUACCAGCAUGAAGGACUUCGAGCAUUUUGGAAAGGAAACCUGGCUUCGUGCCUUCGGCUGUUUCCAUACACCGCAGUUCAUCUCACGACAUAUAAGAAGAUCGUCCACCUUCACAUGGAUGAGUAUGGCUUCAUCUCUCAGUGGAGGGCCAUAUUGGCCGGAGGACUGGCUGGAGUGGCUGCGGCCCUGGUCACCUACCCCCUGGAGGUGGCAGAGACCAGGCUGGUUGCUCAGAACUGCAGGCAGCCCACGUACGUCGGCGUAGCUCACACCCUCUCAAAGAUCUACGGGAACGAGGGGCUGCGUGCUCUCUACAGGGGAUUUUCUCUCACCGUAUUGGGCGCAUUCCCCUUUUCUGUUGGAUGCUACGCGGUCUAUCUGAAUUUGGACAGGCUCUGGCAGGAGUCUCCUGACCGCUUCACUCCCCUGCAGAACUUCAUUAAUGGCUGCAUUGCAGCCGGAGUGGCUCAAACCCUCUCAUACCCCUUUGAAACUGUUAAGCGGAAAAUGCAAGCGCAGAGUGGCCGUCUUCCACAUUUCGGGGGCGUCGACGUCCACUUCUCCGGCAUGAUGGACUGUUUCGUGCAGGUGGUCAAAAACAAGGGCGUCCUGUCACUGUGGAACGGCCUGGCCGCUAACACGAUAAAGAUCGUUCCCUACUUCGGCCUUCUGUUCACCUGCUUUGAGAUGUGUAAGCAGGUUUGCCUUUACCGCAACGGCUACAUCGUCUCACCUCUGAGCUACAAGCUCACGCCGGGAGUGGACCAGAGCCUCGGGCCCCACGAGCUGGAAGAGCGUCCAAAGUCAGCGCCUAAUAUCGGCUCCUUAAAUCCCCUCAACUCCACAUCACACUCGGCCAUUUCAGCUUCCCCGGCGCACAGCAGCGAGCAGGCAGCCCCACAGCUCCCCAAGAUGAGUGAAACUGCCAUUUCUUUCGCCAAGGACUUCUUGGCCGGCGGCAUCGCCGCUGCCAUCUCCAAAACUGCUGUGGCCCCCAUAGAGAGAGUCAAACUUCUCCUCCAGGUGCAACAUGCCAGCAAACAGAUCUCCGCCGACAAGCAGUACAAGGGCAUUGUGGACUGCGUGGUCCGCAUCCCCAAAGAGCAGGGCUUCCUUUCCUUCUGGAGAGGGAACCUGGCCAACGUCAUCCGAUACUUCCCCACUCAGGCCCUCAACUUUGCUUUCAAGGACAAGUACAAGAAGAUUUUCCUGGACGGCGUGGACAAGCACAAACAGUUCUGGAGAUACUUCGCGGGUAACCUGGCGUCCGGCGGCGCGGCGGGCGCCACCUCGCUCUGCUUCGUCUACCCGCUCGACUUCGCCAGAACGCGCCUGGCCGCCGACGUGGGCAAAGCCGGGCAAGGGCGCGAGUUCAAAGGCCUGGGAGACUGUUUGGUGAAGAUCACCAAGUCGGACGGCAUCAAGGGCCUGUACCAGGGCUUCAGCGUCUCCGUGCAGGGCAUCAUCAUCUACAGAGCCGCUUACUUUGGCGUCUACGACACAGCAAAGGGCAUGCUUCCAGACCCCAAGAACACGCACAUCGUUGUGAGCUGGAUGAUCGCUCAGUCUGUGACCGCCGUGGCCGGUCUGGUGUCGUAUCCCUUCGACACCGUCCGCCGUCGCAUGAUGAUGCAGUCCGGGCGCAAAGGAGCUGACAUCAUGUACUCCGGAACCAUGGACUGCUGGAAGAAGAUCGCCCGCGACGAGGGCGGCAAGGCCUUUUUCAAAGGGGCGUUGUCUAACGUGCUCAGAGGCAUGGGCGGUGCCUUCGUGCUGGUCUUGUACGAUGAGCUUAAGAAAGUCAUCUAAGUCGAUUUUGUAUGUCCGCUGUUCACGCUUUGAAGUUAAACUGUAACAUAUCUUGUACAUUUGGAAGGACUUAAAUGCCGAGCUAUAUUUAUAGGGACCAACUAGUAUUUUCUACUAGUUGUACUGGGGGAAAUCUGUUAUGCACUCUUCUCUUGGCCCAUGAUUUUUCUUUUCCGUUUUGCCCCUCAAAAGAGUUUCAUUCCCUGACCACAGGAACCUUGCCAGAAAAAGAGAAAUAAAGGCAACCUACUGAGUGACCUUCCCGUGUGGUUUUGAAACUCGGUGCCAUGAAUGGAGGAUGGCUUCCCAAACCAAGUGUCCUUCAUGUUAGCCGUUUGGCAGCUGCAUGCGGGAGAUGUAAGCCUAGAAAAGCAGGUUGUAGUUGGGGGUGGGCCAAGAUCAGCGGAGGAAGUUGAGCUGCUUACCGUAUUUCAACCAAGACGCAGUUACAGAAAAGUGAUAUGCAGGAGGCGUGGAGAUUCAAUAAUCUUUCCUCCACAUGUGCAAGCAGAACCUCUUUCUGUGAGGGAUUUGAAACAGAGAAACAAUCAGGAUUACCUGCAGCGAGGCGGAUUAUUCUAUCUCUCUAAAUAUACUUAGACCCCCUGACAAGCUUCUUCUCACUCAUACUGGUGUGGCCGAAGACUUUUGUGUCUUUAUUUUUUGGACCAUUUACCGAUUGGACAACGCAGGCGUUAACUGUCACGAGCAAGUCAUCUCUUGAUUUGUGUCAUUCAAAAAACACAAAACAUGUGACUCUUCUGAGGCCAAUUAUAGAAAUUUAAGUGGAAAUAGACUCAUUUAGACAGUUUCAUGUUUGAUGUGCAGCUGAGUUGCUGAUGUGUAUUUUAGGACUCGUCAUACACUGAAUUCUUCCUGAAACAUCAUCUUGGCUGGUGUAAAGAGGCACAGGCUUUAGGCCAGUAGUGGCGGGGAAGGACAUUGUGUACCUCUUGGUCUUUAACCAGAGUAUGUGCCACCCUUUGGUUAGAGUUGACUGUAAUUUCUGUCCUUGUGCUGGCUGUAUAAAUAUGGGGCUGUUGUAGAGCAGGUUUUACUUACGUCUAUAACAGUGAAAUUUGGACUGUAGAGUACAAUUAGUGAGGGCAUAUUCAUGUAAAUUAUUCAAGUUUUGAUAACCUAAUAUUUGCCUCUCUGAGAAAACAAUAUCUAAAUUUAAGGAUAAUGCAACAAACCAGGUUUUAAUAUGAUUUGAAUGAAUGAUGGCAGAAAAUCAAAAGUCAUAGCUUUUAUUCUGAGACUCAAAUAAGAAUAAAUAAGAAACAAGAACUGUAACCAAGUCACAAACUUCUUAAAGGAGUAGCCAGAUUAAUAAGGACAAGACACGGUCACUGUGUCUUUGACACGCAACCC